AUACAAAACGGCCAAAGUGAAGCAGAACACUGUUUUAAAUGAUGUAAACCCCCUCUUAUAGUUUCAAACUUUCGGACAAAAUAGUACCUGCAAAAUAGAUAAAUGCAACUAUUACACUAUGACUCUGACCAAACCAAUUUUAUAAAGAGAAUAAAGAAAAAAGCACCAAAUCAUUAGUAGCUAACUUAUUAAGAGGUUCAGUUGAAUAGAUCGCAAACUCAACUAAAUCAAAACAACAACAACAACAACUCCACACCAUUCUCAUCGCAUUAACCAUAUGCUCCAAUGCUUCUUUAUAUAAACUCAUCAUUCAUCGAAUAAUAUCAAACACAAACAACAUCGCAAGCCAAAGAUAACUUGAGAAUCCAAACCAAAGAGUAAAAUGGCCAAAGCUCUUCACAUAAUCAUCCUUCUGUUCCUCACAUCCUUCAAUCUCCUCGCAGUCAUCAACUCGGUUAGAAUUCUUGACGAGAUCCAACCUCAGCCUCAGUUAAUCCCUACAGGCCAAAUCCCCACGGUGGCUCCAACUGAAGCCGAGGAGGAUGAUGGCACCGAUGACAACCCAGUACCAGCAACCACAACAAGUACUGCAUCAGCAGUAACUGUCUCAGCCGGUCCAGCUGGUGCCACAGCGGGUGAACACGAGCCUUUACUAGAGUUCUUCAUGCACGAUGUGCUAGGCGGGUCUCACCCAUCGGCUCGUGUGGUUACCGGAAUAGUAGCUCAAACUGAAGUGAACGGAAUACCAUUCUCAAAGGCCAGCAACAGCAUUUUCCCAGUUGACAAUGGAGUCCCACUGGUCAACUCAAACAACAUCAACAGUGUUAUUAACCCAAACACAGCUCCACUUCUCACAGGACUUGGCGGUGCUCAAACCUCCACCGUAAUCCAAAACACUAAUGGGAAUUCCAACGAUGCUCUUAGCGCNGCUGAAUCGGAGAGGAAACGUAGAACCGAUGGUAUAUCUUUGAAAGGGUAG